AUGGAUAUGGAGAAGCCUAGUCCCCUGCUGGUCGGGCGGGAGUUUGUGCGACAGUACUACACCUUGCUGAACCAAGACCCGGACGUACUGCACAGAUUUUAUGGGAAGAACUCUUCCUAUACCCACGGGGGCUUGGAUUCCAACGGGAAGCCAGCAGAUUCAGUCUAUGGGCAGAAAGAAAUCCACAGGAAAGUCAUGUCACAAAACUUCAUCAACUGUCACACCAAGAUCCGCCACGUGGAUGCCCAUGCCACUCUGAAUGACGGAGUGGUGGUCCAAGUGACGGGGCUCCUGUCCAAUAAUAAUAACAAGGCUCUGUGGAGGUUCAUGCAGACCUUUGUUCUUGCUCCUGAGGGCUCUGUGGCCAACAAAUUCUAUGUUCACAAUGACAUCUUCAGAUAUCAAGAUGAGGUCUUUGGUGGCUUUGUCACUGAAUUUCAGGAGGAAUCUGAGGAAGAAAUAGAAGAACCUGAAGAAAGACAACAAACACCUGAGGUGGUGCCUGAUGAUUCUGGAACAUUCUAUGAUCAGGCUGUCAGCAACAACUUGGAGGAGCAUUUAGAGAAGCCUGUUGUGGAGCCAGAGCCAUAACCGGAGCCGGAGGCAGAACCAGACCCUGUGCCUGACAUCCAAGAGGACAAGCCUGAGCCACCAUUGGAGGAAGCUGCUCCUGAGGAUGUGCAAAAGAGCAUCCCGGCCCCAGUGGAUGCUUCCCCAGCGCAGGAAGACCUGAGGACAUUUUCCUGGGCAUCUGUGACUAGUAAGAACCUUCCUCCCAGCGGGGCUGUUCCAGUGAGGGGAACACCACCUCAUGUGGUUAAAGUGCCACCUUCACAGCCUCGCCCAGAAUCUAAGCCUGAAUCACAGAAUCUACCACAAAGGCCUCACAGAGACCAGAGGGUUCAAGAGCAACGGAUCAAUAUCCCUCCUCAGAGGGGACCCCGGCCAAUGCGCGAGGCUGGGAAAGCAGGAGAUGUGGAACUUCGAAGGAUGUUGAGGCACCCUGACAGUCACCAGCUCUUCAUCAGGAACCUGCCACAUGAGAUUGACAAGUCGGAACUGAAGUAUUUUUUCCAAAAUUACGGGAACGUGGUAGAGCUGCGCAUUAACAGUGGCGGGAAGUUACCCAACUUCGGUUUUGUGUUUGGCGAUUCUGAGCCUGUUCAGAAGGUCCUUAACAACAGGCCCAUUAUGUUCCGAGGCACGGUCCGUCGGAACGUGGAGAAAAAGACUCGAGCUGCCAGGGAAGGCGACCGCAGGGAUAACUGUCUUCGGGAACCAGGAGGCCCCUGUGGUGGGCCAAGUGGUGGGAUGAGAGGCCCUCCCUGCGGAGGAGUGGUGCAGAAACCAGGCUUUGGUCUGGGCAGGGGCAUCACAACUCCAAUGCACUGA